AUGGCACCUAUACGCGGACAGACGGGCAGCGAGCUCGAUGAACCAGAGUACGUCGAAGAGUUCGUACUUAACGAGGUUGGAGACUUUGUUGUGCGAUUCAAAUGUCGGACAUGCGGGACUUCAACAGGCCGCAAGGCCGACUUCGAGCGCCAUAUGAAUGAUAAGCACCGCCCCCCUCAGUAUUUUUGCGACUUCCCAGGUUGCGAUCGUGCCCUUGACGGCUUCACUCAAAAGGGCAAUUUGAAAACCCACAAGACCUCUGUACACUUGAAGCUCGCCUUGCAUCAUUGUCCGCAUCUUUGGGUAGACCCGCACAACGGCCGAAUCUUCCCUUGUCGACGCAAGUACAGGGAUGGCUCCGCUCUCACCAGGCAUCGGAGCUUGAAGCAUGGUUUCGAGCCUGGAGACGAUGUUUCCAAAGUCGCAGAACCGACGCCUGUGGGGACGCGGUUCCCAGAUUCCAAGUAUGCACCGCGCAAGAGGCUUCAAGGCUCCAAGAGCGUAAAGCGCGCUUUCACCUCUCUGUCUGUCGCCGGACGAUCAUCUGCGCCCUACACUGUGCCGCCCCCUUCUACCCGCCGCUCCUCGAGGAAGAAUGUCUCCAGGACGGCGGUAAUGAAGCAAGAGCAGGAGCACGAUCUCGCUGCCCUGCAUCCUGUAACUGUGGGACAGCCCUGUCACCCUCCGCCCGUCACAGUUGUUGGGUGGGACAUGGGCUCCUCCAGCGAGCAACUCCAGGAUGGUGCAUGCGUCGACGACUCCCUCAAGGACCCUGAAGUCAAAGCGUUAUACGACGCCCUCUGCGCAGAAAUCUCGCGCGCUUCUUUGGCCCCCCAGAUCCCGACUCAGGUUUUGUUAGCAGCAGAUCACUACUGGACGCUCGACCCCCACUUCCCAGCCUUGGAUUGCCACGUCGCCGGCACGGCGUCCGACGGAGUGGUGACCCCGACUGCCCGCACCAUCCCUAAGCCUUCCGGAAUGACUACGUCCGAGCAGACGAACAUGCUGAACGCGGGUCUGGGUCCGUUCCCAAACUACUACGACAGUACUGCGAACGCAUCGCUGUGGGACGAGUCGGUGGUCCCGGCUUCAUCUGCGCCCCAGGAACUGACCUCGUCUUCCGACAACGCCUACUCCACCGGAUGGUCGCAGUGGAUUCCGAACUCCAUUCUGGACAUGCCUGAGAACCACGCCUGCCUGCAGCUCUGA